AUGAACGCACUCUUACUUACAGCCUCCCUAGCUGUAAGCGCUAUCGGAGCCGCUGUAAAAUGCCGGGCCAGUGAUAGCGCAGCACCAAGCGUGAAUAAGACUACUUGCAAUGGUAUAGUCUACGAGUAUGAGGAACUUGCUGGCUACGGAUACGUUGUCUCUGACGUGGUUGACAAAUUCGGUGACACGCUUGGCGGACUUGGCUCCUCUAUACAUCUCGAUUCGGGUGCCUGGAAGAAGCUUGAAAAUGGAAGUUACUCGGGCGUCUUGUGGUCGUUGCCUGAUCGUGGUUGGAACACUCAAGGGACACUUAACUUCAAUCCCCGAGUCCAUAAGUUUAAUAUUGUUUUCACGCCGAAUCCUGAUGCAACCGUGGACAACCCAUCUGGUCCAAACUUAUACUUCGAGUAUCUGGAUACGAUACUCUUCUCUGGACCUGAUGGGACGCCUUGCACCGGGCUAGAUGCGGAUGCUACUGGACACAUAUCAUUCUCUGGAUUUCCUGAUCUUCCUGUUGCUACUUAUACGGGCGACGGCUUUGGUGGAGAUGGACCAGGUGGUAAACGUAUCCCUGUCGAUGCCGAGGGACUUUAUGUGAAUGAUGACUCCAGUUUUUGGGUAUCUGAUGAAUAUGGUCCAUAUAUAUAUCUGUUUGGACCCGACGGCAAGAUGCUCAGUGCAAUUCGUCCCAAUGACGCGAUCGUUACCGCGGAUCCUGAUAGUGGUCGUGACAACAAUCAUGGUUUCGAGGGCCUUACUGUCUCGGAAGACGGCAAGUCAUUGUGGGUACUUCUACAGGCCGCAACUGUCCAAGAUGGUGGCUUAGAGAAGCAAACCAUGCGGUAUACUAGGUUUCUCAAGUAUGAUGUUUCGAAUCGACUUGCACCGGUCUACGCGGGGGAAUGGGUUGUGCCUUUGCCCCUUUAUAAUGAUCCGACGGCAAAGAAAUCUAAAAAUCCUAAAGCAGCCGCACAGUCCGAGAUACACGCCAUCGAGAAUGGUCAAUUCUUCAUCCUAUCUAGAGACUCUGGCGCUGGCCACGGUACCGAUAACUCUCUUUCAGUCUAUCGCCAGCUCGAUGUCUUCGACAUUUCUGACGCUACGGAUAUCAAGGCAGCUGGAAAAUACGAUUGCACCGACUGUAACGUUGCGAAGUCCAAGAGUGGGGAGCUUAAGAAGAAGAUCACGGUAGCGAAAUAUUGCAGCUUUCUCGACUUCAACGUUAAUGCGCAGCUAAACCGAUUCGGCAUCCACAAUGGUGGUGACCAAGACCAAUAUUUACUAAAUGAGAAAUGGGAGUCCAUUGGAAAAGUUCCUGUCGAUCCUAGCGUUUCCAAUGGAGAAUUCUUUGUCUUUAGUCUAAGCGAUAACGACUUUAUCACUCAAAAAGGCUUUAUGAAUGGAGGCAAACUUCCGUAUUCUGACGAGAGCGGCUAUAGUCUCGAUAGCCAAGCUCUUGUAUUCAAAGUACGGAUUUCGGGUUGA